AACCGAAAUGAUUAUUUGCCACAUUUUUUCAUUUGUUUGUCGUGCUAAAGGGCCGCUAAAGGAAUUCGCACCAAACGGACAACUUCCGUGAAAACCCUCGAAUCAAGCCGUGCCAUUCCAUUCCAUUACGCUUUCUCCACUGAUCGAUAUGCUACUUGAACGGUGAAGUACUUGUUGUACUUCUUAUUAACUAGGGCAUGGGUUUUAUUGACAUAUGCAUCGGUUAACGACCUGCGACCACGUCACGCAACAGUCGAACAUUAGCAUUCCAUUCGAUAUUAUUAGUCUGUCAGCUGUUUUGAAACACAUACCCGAACGGUAUAAGUUGACGGUGCUCAUGCUCAUAGUAAACAAUAUUCCAUAGCAACGCCUAGCGACUUAGCAACGAUGGAAUAUACAUAUCAUCAUAACCAUGCAUAAUUCCUUCGAAACCCCUAACCUUGGCUACCGAUAAAACAUUUGCUUCAGUGUCGAAAGUUCUGCAGGUCCGGCAACAGCACGGAACAGCCUUCGUAGUAGUGUCCAAUUUCAGAUUUGCUACCUUUCAAUAACUUAAAAAUGUCUGUAAUAACCAACGCACCUAGAGUGCGCCUGUUGGACCCGAAUGCAGCCCUAUCGCCUUUGCUGCAGGAAAUCCUACGAAACUGUGAGCGUCGAAACAUUCGAUAUGAUCGUCCGCUGGUCCACUUCGUCAUGAAUCUGCUGAGCAUGGAUCCACAGUACGAGCUGUUCAUGGAAACGCUCAGUGCUGAUCGGCGGAAUCAUGAUGAUUUCAUUGAAGCUUGCUGCAAUCUACUAGCGGACGAUCGGUCACCAACGCUGAUCACUCUCCGGAUGCAGUGCUUUUUCCUCGAUAACUUCUUCGACAAGGACGAAAUUGUGGAGAAACAUGCGCGCAAUCUGCAAGCCAAAACUUUCGCCCUGACGAAGGAGAUCAUUGAUAAUGAUGUCAUCACGAAGGAUGAACAGGACGAAGUGUUCAAUAAGGUAAUAUUGGACAUUGUCAUGAAUAUGGGUUUGGGUAAUCCGGACUGUAAGGACGUUAUGGCCGAAACGAUGCGUGCACUCAACUCGGUGAUGUCGCGCAGUGAUAAAGCGAAGUUUGUUACACUCGAUCGGAAAGAUCGUUUGAUGGCGUUGAAGGACAUUCGGGAGAUUGUAGCCGGCAUUCGUAUCUUCAACAAACACUCUGGUAAUACUGCCAACGGAAUGGCCGAUUUGCCAAAGAUAAUUGACCAAUCACACGAAUCAACAAAAUCGAUUCUUCAAAUAACACUGUGCGAAAUCAUGGACAAAGUGAAUCUUCUGACAAGCGCUUUGAAUGCAGCGAUAGCUUAUGAUUUACGCAAUCGGUCCAUAAUAACGCUUCUACCAGAAAAUAUAACCCCAGACGACUUCGAAGCCAUCAAGGACUUGCUCGCCAUGUACCGUCAGCAUGAGGUAUACACACGAAAGCUUAUAGACGAGUUGGCCACCAUCAAGAUAAGCAUUGAUAGCUGCAAGCAGGAGUACGAGGCGAAACUGUUGCGUAUCCAUGAAGCCGUUCAAUAUCGUACAGCCAUUCCGACGGAUCGGGUUUUUCCUAAAUUUUCUGAACUAACACGCGUUUGGUUACAGUUUCAAAAUUUUAUAUUUCUCCUUUCGGAAAUGAACCAAAUUAGCAACACGCUGACAAGCCUUACGGAGCGGUGCACUAGUUUUGAUGAUCUUGCCUAUCGGUUGCUAGGUGAAAGCCAGAUACAAACUGAUGUGGAUCGGCUAAAUAAAGUCAGCUCCAAGCGAUUCGUUCUACUCGAUCCAAAGAACUGUGAAAUUGUGCCGUACGAGGAAAUCAUGCAGAUCCAACUGCUCAAGUUCUGCUUAUGGCAUUUGGCCGAAGGCAAGGGCUUGCUCAUGCCCGGAAGCACCGAACUCGGGGUGUGUCGAGUGCAAAAGGAACAUUACCUCUUUAAUAUUCCCGAACCGGUAACAUUUUUUGACGAGGAUCCUAAUAAAUAUUUCUUCAAAAUAGUUGAAACAGCAAGGAAGAAAAUUCAACUCAUUUGUUUGUUGAACAUAUAUGACAAGGUACAAUCCUCAUACAACGCGCCACGCAGCGAGGGCUUUCAAAUGAAGAUAACGACCACCUGCGAUCAGGAAGUACAAACUGAUCUCCAUCCAGUACCAUCCAAUAUUGACCGCGAGUAUCGUUGGAACGUUUGGGAUUAUCGCCGUGAAGCUAUCCGCUUAGCGAAUAUUCGCACCAAACGGACAACUUCCGUGCAAACCCUCGAGUCAAGUCGUGCCAUUCCAAAGUCAACUCAAAUCUAUCUCGCUAAGCCGCAGACUACACAAACUCGCGUCAGUCGUAGUACGGAAACGGAACAACGGCGUCUAACGGGCCUGAAGGUGAUUGAACCAACGGCACCGUCUCCUUUGAAGGUGUACGCACUUACAUUAGCCCAGACAAGUCGGUCCGCUUUUAACAAGAAUGGAGAGCGUUAGGAGCGAGACCCAGCUAACCUUACAAACCUUUAAACCUUACAAAUUACCCAAUAGUAGAGAGGCAUUUUAGAGCUUAAAUCAUUAACCAAAUCAAUAGCAUACCUGA